UUACAGGAACGAAGAGGCUACACCUGAGGGCAGAGACGAGGGAGGAUCGAGCGGCGUGGACGGAGGCUCUUCAGGCUGUGAAAGAAAUGUUCCCGAGGAUAUCCAAUAGCGAGCUUAUGGCGCCCGUCGACAUCUUCGUGGUGUCAACGGAGAGGUUGAGGCAGAGGUUACAAGAAGAGGGGGUGAAUGAGGCGGCAAUUCAGGAUAGUGAGCAGAUCAUGAGGAGCGAGUUCGUGGCGUUGCAGGGACAGCUUGCCAUUCUUAAGCAGAAACAGUUGCUUCUUACUGAUACCCUCAGACUGCUAGAGACAGAAAAGGUUGAUUUGGAGAAUACCCUUGUUACAGAAAGUCAAAUACAAUCAAAAGAGCAUGAAUCUGCGUCAACAUCAAGGAAUGAUAAGGGUAGCGAAGCAAGUGUAUCUGAGUCUGAAGAUGAUAAUGAAAGGCAGGAUGCUGCAGAAGAAGAGACUGAGGAUGAAGAUAAUGCUUUUUUUGACACACAAGAUUUCCUCUCAUCAAGUUCAUUUAAGAGCAGUGGGUCUGACUUUCUUAGAUCCGAAAUUGAUUCUGAUGAAGAGGAAGAACAUGGUAUUGCUUCAAUCGAUGGGCAUGCCCACACCAUGAGUUCUUUAGGACCUAGGUUUCCAUUUGUUAGGAGACGAAAAAAGCUGCCAGACCCAGUUGAGAAAGAGAAAGGUGUCAGCCUUUGGUCAAUGAUUAAAGACAACAUAGGGAAAGAGCUAACCAAAGUUUGCCUUCCAGUCUACUUCAAUGAGCCUCUCUCAUCAUUGCAGAAAUGUUUUGAGGAUCUUGAGUACUCUUAUCUACUCGACAAGGCUUAUGAAUGGGGUAAAAAGGGCAAUAGUCUUAUGAGGAUGCUUAACGUUGCCGCCUUUGCUCUUUCCGGAUAUGCGUCUACUGAAGGAAGAAUCUGCAAGCCUUUUAAUCCACUUUUGGGGGAGACAUAUGAGGCUUACUAUCCGGAUAAAGGUGUUCGGUUUUUCUCGGAAAAGGUUAGUCAUCACCCUAUGAUUGUUGCUUGCCAUUGUGAGGGAACUGGGUGGAAGUUCUGGGGAGACAGUAAUCUAAAGAGUAAAUUUUGGGGUCGUUCAAUUCAACUUGAUCCUGUUGGAAUUUUGACUCUUGAAUUUGAUGACGGUGAAUUUUUUCAGUGGAACAAGGUAACAACCUCCAUUUAUAAUUUGAUUCUCGGAAAGUUAUAUUGUGAUCAUUAUGGUACAAUGCGGAUACAUGGAAAUCGAGAGCACUCGUGUAAAUUGAAGUUCAAAGAGCAAUCAAUAAUUGAUCGCAAUCCUCACCAGGUCCAUGGCAUAGUUCAGAAUCGGAAUGGUAAAACAAUGGCAACAUUGUUCGGUAAGUGGGAUGAAAGCGUGCAUUACGUGAAUGGUGAUCCCAGUGUGAAGGGAAAAGGCGCUGAAAUCCCAUCUCAGGCUCAUCUAUUAUGGAAACGCAGUAAACCUCCAAAGAAUCCAACCCGAUACAACCUUACACGCUUUGCGAUUACGUUGAAUGAGCUCACUCCUGGUUUGAAGCUACCACCCACUGAUUCAAGGCUAAGACCAGAUCAAAGAUGCUUGGAAAAUGGGGAGUUUGAUGCUGCAAAUGCGGAGAAGUUGAGAUUGGAGCAGAGACAACGCCAGGCUCGAAGAAUGCAGGAGAGGGGUUGGAAGCCCCGGUGGUUUGCUAAAGAUCAAGGCGGCGAUACCUACCGCUACAUAGGCGGCUACUGGGAGGCGAGGGAGAAGGGACAGUGGGAUGAUUGUCCCGACAUAUUUGGCCAAAUCCCGACUGAUCAACUUGCUGAUUGACCUGGUUUAAGCUCUUUGGAGGCCCUCUUAUUCUUUGAACCCCUUUUGUAUUUUCCCAUAUUGCUCUCCUUGAGAUCUCGGUACUUCACUUUCCAUGCUCUCGCUAUUUUCGAGCAGCAGAGGGUGCCCAUUGGCUUCUAAUCAGGAGAGGUUAUAUAUGUUAACAUUUAUUUCUUACAUGAAUAAAAAGAAGUUUUCGCUGUUUGUUUCAUUUA